GAAGCUACUGGACGGCCAAGGAAUUACACACAAGCUACUGUAUUCAUCUCGUAAACAAAGAGAGACAAAACAACAACAAGGGAUUGGGAUUUGUAACUUGUUGUCGCUUAUAAAGAGGUAUAAAAAGGCGGGUGCUGCAUCGACAAAGCUCCCGCACUCACAUCCAACACGGCUUCUUCUUCUACAGGGUAUCAGCAACCAUUUCGUCAUCGGACCAUAGCACUCCCCAAAUACCUCACUCUCCUCGCUGGUCUGGUCCUGCUCUUAUCCCUCAUUCCAAUCAUCAAUUUUUCUACAUCUCAAGUAAACAUGUCGGGAGACGGCUAUCGUUCAGUCGCCUAUUUCGUCAACUGGGCCAUCUAUGCUAGAAAGCAUCGCCCUCAAGAUCUCCCCGUUGACAAACUCACUCAUAUCCUCUAUGCCUUUGCCAAUGUCCGCCAAGAUAGCGGGGAAGUACACAUGACGGAUGGCUGGGCAGACACGGACAUUCAUUGGGAGGGCGACUCGUGGAACGACACAGGAAAUAACAUGUAUGGGUGCCUCAAGCAGCUGAAUCUUCUCAAAAAGCGUAAUCGCAACCUCAAGGUUUUGCUGUCCAUUGGCGGCUGGACAUACAGCGGCAACUUCAAGGGCCCGGCCAGCACUCAGCAGGGCCGUGAGACAUUCGCCAAAUCCAGUCUCGAGCUGCUCAAAAACUUGGGUUUCGACGGACUCGAUAUCGAUUGGGAGUAUCCUCAGAAUGCAGACGAGGCCAGGAAUUUCGUCGAGCUUCUCGCCACCGUGCGCAGAGAGCUGGAUGCCUACUCUGCCACUCUUCCAACCUACAGCCACUUCGAACUGACUGUUGCUUGUCCCGCCGGAGCUACGCACUUCCAGAAACUUGAUGUUCCCGGCAUGGACCAGUAUCUUGAUUUCUGGAACCUGAUGGCUUACGACUACGCUGGGUCUUGGGACCAGACGAGCGGCCAUCAGGCGAACCUUCAUCCAUCAUCUGACAACCCUACUUCUACUCCCUUUUCUACUGAUGCAGCCAUCGACUUCUAUACCAGGAGUGGUGUGGCACCCAGCAAGAUUGUGCUCGGAAUGCCCAUCUAUGGCCGUGCAUUUGAAAAUACCGAUGGCCCUGGCAGGCCUUACAAUGGUAUCGGCGAGGGGUCGUGGGAGAAUGGCAUCUUCGACUACAAGGUUCUCCCUCACCCAGGCUCUCAAGAAAUUUGGGAUCGAGCAACUGGCGCCAGCUACAGCUAUAACCCACAAACAAGGAAGCUUGUCUCCUACGACACCCCUCAUGCUAGCAGAGCCAAGGCUGGGUAUAUCAAGGAGUGGGGUCUUGGAGGUGGCAUGUGGUGGGAGAGCAGCGGAGACAAGGAGGGCCCUGACAGCUUGAUCGGUAUUGUGGUGAAUGAGUUUGGAGGUCCUGGGGCGUUGCAGAGGAAGGAUAACUGCAUCGACUAUCCGCAGUCGAAAUAUGACAAUCUGAAGAAUGGAUUCCCAAACAACUAAGGGGUUGGGGGAGAGACAAGGGGACAAAAUGCACAUUCAAGCAGGUAGAACGAACGAGAACAUGAUAUGACACUGACAUACAAAUGAAUCAGCAUAAAUAGAAGAUGAAUAAUUAAAAAAAGAAUGAUUUGAAAGUGAUUAUUGACGCAUCUCACUUUGAUAUCAGCUGGAC